GUGACCUGAUAAGCGCCCUGACCAGUAUAUUAUUAUACAUCUCUCUCUAAAUUGUCGCAAGCCUCACUGCUUCUCUUCGUUCAUUUUGAUUCUCCGCUCUUACCCUGUAAUAUUACACAACGAAACGAAGCAGACGAAGUAAGUAACCAUUGACAGCCCACUUUCUGGGAAUAUACAAGGGUUAUGGUGUUUAUUGAUAGACCAUAAUUUGAUAGAAUCGUCCACUGCAAUUGACCGUUCUCUGUAACAUUCUGCGUAAAGCGAAAGACGAACUUUCGAAACAGAGGCAAACCACAGAAAGCUAGAAUGGAUGCCCUGUGUUUCAAAAGUGGUAUAACUGGGAUGCCUCCAACGAUUUCCAUUAGCGGGUCCUUGGAUGCGCGGACAAACCCGCCUCAGGUAAGCGCGGUUGGGCGGUCCUCGACGGAGAAAUCGACCCAGAAAUCCGUCUUUUCGAGAUUCUCGUUUAAAUACCCUUUCAGAUCUCUCUGGCCCGGCGGAGGUGGAAGUAACAGGUACAAUGGGCUGGCCAUCGACGACGCCGUAUCGGUGGAGGACGGGGAAGAAAAAGCUGUGCAAGAAGACAAGGAUAAUGGCACAAUGGGUCCAGAGGGUCAGAGUGGGAACUGGGUCUUUAAGAUUUUACAUGUUAAAUCUAUCUGGAGGGGUGAACAGGGGAACAGUGCUCAUGGCGGUGGUGAUGAAGAUACGGAAAUCGAAGAGGAGGAGGGCGUAGCUAACGAUCAAACAAACCGGUCUGGGUGUGAUAAUGAGGAGCUAUGUGAUGCUUGCAAGAUUGAUGAUGAUGGUGGUGAUAAAGAGAUUCAAUUUGACAGGGAUUCAUUUUCAAGGAUGCUUCGGAGGGUGUCGUUGGCUGAAGCCAGGUUGUAUGCGCAGAUGUCCUAUUUGGGAAGCUUGGCAUACUGUAUACCCAAAAUCAAGCCGGGGAACCUCCUGCAAAAGUAUGGACUGCGUUUUGUAACUUCAUCACAACAGAAAAGAAACUCCUCUACAACGGCUGAAAAAAAUCAGGUGUCAGCUGAAACUCAGGAAGUGAAAACUAGUGAGCAUGACGGAGACGAAAGCAAGGAACAAAAGAACAGUAGACCCAACAUUAGUGCGUUGGCUGCUUAUGAGAUUGCUGCCUCUGCUGCCUCUUACCUAAAUGCUCGGACCAGGAGCAUAAUUCCAUUUAAAUCCUCAAAAGAUGGGAUUAGUGAAGGUUCACUUGAAGGAGGCAGUGCAAAUGUUGAUGGUGUCAACAUGGUAAACACAGAGGUAGCUUCUUUGAUGGCAACUACUGAUUCUGUGACAGCUGUGGUGGCUGCGAAGGAAGAAGUGAAGCAGGCUGUUGCAGAUGAUUUGAACUCAACAAGUUCAUCACCCUGUGAAUGGUUCAUAUGUGAUGAUGACCAGAGUGGUACCAGAUUUUUUGUCAUCCAGGGCUCUGAGUCCCUAGAAUCCUGGCAAGCAAACCUACUUUUCGAGCCUGUUCAGUUUGAGGGGCUGGAUAUUCUUGUCCAUAGAGGUAUAUAUGAGGCUGCUAAAGGGAUCUACCAACAGAUGUUGCCAGAGGUUCAUGCACACCUAAGAUCUCAAGGUUCUUGUGCAAUGUUCCGUUUCACAGGGCAUUCCCUUGGGGGAAGUUUGGCAUUGCUUGUAAAUCUCAUGCUGCUGAUGAGAGACGAAGUGCCAAUCUCCUCCCUUCUUCCUGUUAUAACCUUUGGUGCCCCUUCCAUCAUGUGUGGUGGUGAUAGACUGCUAGACAAGCUAGGAUUGCCCCAGAGUCAUGUUCAGGCAAUUACAAUGCACAGAGACAUAGUACCGCGAGCCUUUUCUUGCAAUUAUCCUAAUCAUGUAGCAGAGCUGCUAAAGGCUGUCAAUGGAAACUUCCGUAAUCAUCCUUGUCUUAAUACCCAGAAGGUAUUAUAUACACCUAUGGGUGAACUGCUAAUUCUGCAGCCGGAAGAGAAAUUUUCCCCAGGACAUGACCUCCUUCCCCCAGGAUGUGGUCUCUAUCUUUUGGGUGGUCUUUCAUCAGAAUCCAAUCAUCACAUCUACAGGCAGCUCCUAGCUGCACAGCUGGUGUUUUUGAACUCACCACAUCCACUUGAGAUCUUAAGUGACCGAUCUGCUUAUGGUUCAGGUGGAACUAUACAAAGGGAUCAUGACAUGAAUUCCUACUUAAAAUCUGUUAGAAGCGUGAUCCGCGACGAACUUCACAGAAUCCGAAGGAGGAGGAGAGAGCACAGGCGGAAGGUGUGGUGGCCUCUGGUGGCAUUGGCACCCCAUGGGAUUGAUGCUGGCGCUGUUGUCAGGAGGUCGGUGGUAUCAAUCAAUGUGAGUGAAGCGGGGUCAGCCUUUUCAGGCGUCAUAAAAACAGGGAGAGAGUCGUUGAAAAGGUUCAGUAGGCUUGUUGCAUCCCAACACAUGCAUUUGUUUGUGGUGCUCUUGUUUCCAGCACGCUUGUUACUCACGAGCACCUUCAGUCUCCAUUGAAUAGAGGAUGAUAAUUCAUUAUUUAUGGCCAGAAAAGUUGUAUAGGACGAGGGGACAUGGAUGUAGAGACAGUUAGUCAAUUAGGUGAUUCUUUAUUCAUUGAUUUCAAUAGUGAAAAGCGAAGUGUCCCUCAGAAAUAGUGUUUGCCCCUAGAAAAAUUAUUCCUCAAAUAUGAAAUUUGCAAAACUAGUUGCUUGAUUCCAGGAGACUGGUUAAGGGAUGGACUGGAGCAUCCCUCGUAUUCCUGUCUAAACUAGCUGCUCAUUUAUGGAAUAUUUGGCAUGGCUAAUUGGAAAGAAGGAUUGCAAGACA